GAUUCCAAGGCUCCUCACUCGCUUGUAGUGUCUGUCUCUCCCGCUCUCCAUCGCCGCAUCUUCAACAACCCAAAACACCUUGUUUUGUUUCGAUCCUUCUCUUAUCAAUGGAUUUCCACUCCCUUUCAAGGAAGCAGCUACAAGCACUCUGCAAGAAGAACAAGAUUCCCGCUAACAUCACCAAUCUUGGCAUGGCUGACGCUCUCGCUGCUCUCGAUCAAGUUGAAGGAUUGGAUGAGGUUUUGAAUUCAAGCGAGGCUGAUGUUGGAACCCCAAAUGUCAAUCUGCGUACGGCUGGUAGGGCCUCUAGUCAAAGGAAAGCAACGAAAGCAGAAGUUGAAGGUUCAACGGUGAAGGUUUCGGCCUCUGCCAGGCCUCUACGUGGGGCUAGAGUUGGAGUUGCAUCAGGAGUAACGGAGCAAGAGAACAAAGAUGGCAGUGUUCCGCCAGUUACUCCUGCUGCCGGUAGGAGAAGGGCUACUGCAGUUUCUACUCGUAGAAAGAAAGAAGUUGAGAUUGUAGAAGAAGAUGGUGAUAGGAAUGAUGCAUCAGAAGUAACGGAGCAAGAGAACAAAGACGCCAAUGUUCCACCAGUCACUCCUGCUGCCGGUAGGAGAAGGGCUACUGCAGUUUCUACUCGUAAGAAGAAAGAGGUUGAGAUUGUUGAAGAAGAUGGUGAUAAGAAUGAUGCACCUAAAACAGUUGCUGCAGCUUCCGUUGCUCGGAGAAGAGCUACUAGUGUUUCUGUUUGCACCACCAAGAAUGAGACCGCCGGGGGUAAUUCAGUGCAGAGAACAUAUAGCACGAGGAGGUCGGUUAGAUUGUUGGAGAACGGAUUGUCAAAGAUGAGUUUGAUUGACACUGAAGACUCUGGAUUUGUCAAGAUUGACGAUGAUGAUGUUUCUCAAGAACUGAGUAAUGUCUCGAACCAAGUGGAAGACUCGUGUCAUACUGAAGAAGGAUCUAGUUUGCAGAUGGACUCGACUGUGGUUUCUGAAGAUACUCAGGAGUCCGAAGUCUUUUCAGAACAAAACACUGAAUAUGAAUGCCAAUCACACGAGUCUGCUUCAGAUGUGACAGAAAUUGAUACGGUAGUUGAACCACAUUGUUCAGAUGAAGGUGAACGGGAGAAAAUCAACUGCUUGGAGUUGGGGGCUGAACCAAAUGAAUCAGAUGAAGCAGGACCUGACCCGUUACUUGAUCUGGAGGAAACUUGUGAGUCCUCGGACCUAGAAACUGAAAAUAAGGAAGGCGUUGGAGCCUGCCAAGAAAGUUUUCCCGUCGAGGCAUCCGCUGAUGCUAUGGUACCUGAUAACGUUUCGGUGGAUGUUACUGAUCAAGGUGUUGCUGGUUCGCUUUCUAUGAUAACUGAUUGCGAGAUUUAUGACGAAGUCAACAAUAAGUGUGGUGACCAAGUCAGCAGUGAUGAAGAUGUCAACAAUCGCGCUUUGGUCAGCCAAAAGAAACAAGUUGAGCUCAUGGAUGGAAAAAUCAGCCAUGAGAGUGAUGAUAAAGAAGAUAAGAACAAUGAGCCAGAAGUGGAGGAUGAAUCAGAUUAUUCUAGUUUACUGGAAGGAAGAUCUGAUGAUCAAGGUUCCGAAGUGUUACCUUUACUUGAGGAUAGCACUGUGGCAACGCUAGAGGUUUUGCCUUCUGAGACAUCUGAAGUUCAAGUGGAGGUUACUUACCAAGAUACUCCAACUUUGACUGUUGUGGUUGCUGACGAGGAUGUCGCUGCCUCGAUCACCUCACCUGGCGGUGAUGCUCCAACGGGCGUAAAUGAAACUAUGGAGUACAACACUGGCGAUGUUAACCAGGACAUGAAGGAUGAAACUGAAGAAGAUGAAGAGUACCAGCUUCUUGCUGUUGAGGACAAAGAUGCCAAGGAAAGUGGCUCGAUGAUUGGUUCUGAAGGGGUUCCCGAGCUCGACUCAAUUUCUAGUUCUGGUGAGCUCCAAGCUGAAGUUAAACCAGAGCAGAUGGAAGCAGUGACACAUAGCGUUCCUGAUGUUGCUGAGGCACAAGCUGAAGAAUCCGAGGAACCUGUAACAGGACAGGUUUCAGUUGAAUCUGCUUCGAGUCCUAUUGAUGGCGAGGUUGUUUCCGAAGAAGUUUCUGCCAUGCCAGACCAAGAUAACGUCAUAGUCUCUUCGGAAAACGUGUCCUCCGAUGCUCCGGUUCAAUCAGUUGUUUCUGACCCAUUGAAGGAAAAUGUGACAUCUGAUGAUCUGCAUAACAAGACCAUGGGGGAACUUAAGAGAAUGCUGAAGAAUUUAAAGCUAGGUGGUGAAAAAUCAAACUGCAACAAGACUACUAAUAAGGAAGUGGAUAAGAAAAGAACUGCACUGCAGGUACUGCCACAGAAUCAGAUGACAAAUGGGGAAGCUCAGAUUGAUGACUGAAUAUCAUAGCGAAAACUUGAACUUUGAAAUUUUGCACUCUCCAAAUAAAUCUUACGGAUGUUUUAGCAUAAGACCAAACCUUUGGUUUGGUGCUCUAUAGCUGUGUUCUUAGUCACUUGGCAGAUUUUUCUUGUAAUUUUGCUGGUUGCAAGAACUCUUUUUCUGGAAUUUUUAUUUCCGAUGCACCAAUAGUGCCUUUUUAGUAUAUCCUAAUUAUAUCCCAA